AUGCCUGUCUUCCACGUCGUCCUCUUCCGCUUGAAGCCCGGUGUUGCACCUGCUGAGCUCGAGGCUUGGGCCCGCAUGGGUAAGGGCAUGGUUGGAAAGAUUCCCGGACUGCUGGAGUUCCAUGCCAAUCCCCCGUUGGCAAUGACCGCAUCCCGCGCAAAGGGCUACGAUAUGGGCUUGGUGGCUAUCCUGGAGAAGCCUUCCGAUUUGCAGGUCUAUGCAACUCACCCAGCUCACCUUGAAUUGCAUGAAAAGCGCGAGCAAUUAUGUGAGGAUACUUUGGCCUACGAUCUGGAGUACUAGAUUUAUCUUCUAGUGGGGCUUUCUCAAUAAGUCGGUGUGUACUGAGUGUUCUGCACGCCGGGGCUAUUUGUUGGGAUUGUUGUGGGCUGGAUGGUCAUGACCAAGCUUAUCCACAUCAUUUGCUCACCUACUAGCAUGAAGUAUAGCUUUCUGCACCUUUCCUGUGUAUAUCUUUGUUGAAUCUCGGAAUGGGGAUGGAUGAGGUACUGGAGUGAACAAUACCGCAGGAAGCAGGCAUAGAUUUUCUCCAUAUGUCCUAGCAGGUCCACGUGCUCCAUGCAACUGUGUACACAAUAGCGAGAAUACGCGUCUUCAAUGGUGCGCUUCCUGUAUGCUUGCGUUCCUAGUGCGGAUAUAACAGCCCGAAAGAUCCGGGGGUAAGUGGCACACCUCAGCCCCCAAAGCUGGCCAGAUAAAGAAGACCAUCGGGAUUGUAUCAAUCUAACAGU